CACGCACCGUCACCAUGGCCAAGCCCAGGCUGGUAUCUGAUUGCCUUCAAUCAACAGCAGCACCGCUUUUCCGGCCUGGGACUACAUUUCCCUUAAGGCUUUGUCGGUCGACACUCUGUCUCGCCUACGGGAACUUAGCUGCCUCUUCCUGUGAUUAUGGGCCUCUCCAGGUGAGCAGUCCAACCUUAGAGGAAAAUUAGCUCAAGCCUGGUGGGAGGUUUGUGGCGGAGAUUCCCUCUUUGAAGCCUCCCGGGCAGUGUCAAAUGUGCCAAGUUCAGACUUUGAAGUACGAAGAUGCCAUUUUGUCUGGCUGGUCAGGUUAUGGACUACGUUUCCCAGAGUUCACAGCGGCCCAACCUUACGUCUCGACGUCCUGGCGAGAUCGUUAGCUCCGCUGGGACCCGGACGCGACCAAGGGGAGGCAGAAGGACUCUGUAUUUGUCCAAGAGAAGAACCUAGAGAAAUCUGAGCAGGUCAGGUAGUUCUAAAAGCCAUGGCCCAGGGAUUGGUGACAUUCAGGGAUGUGGCCGUAGAGUUCUCUCAGGAAGAAUGGAAGUGCCUGGAACCUACCCAGAGGGACUUGUACAAGGAUGUGACUUUGGAGAACUUUGGUAACUUGGUCUCACUAGGACUCUCCAUUUCUAAGCCUGAUGUCAUCUCCUUAUUGGAACAAGGGAAAGAACCCUGGAUGAUUGCAAAUGACAUAACAGGACCAUGGGGCUCAGACUUGGAGUGCAGGUGUGAGAAAUUACCACAAAAAGAUAUCUUUGAAGUAGAAUCAUUCAGUUGGGAGCUAAUGGAAAGCCUGAAAUGCUGUAGUUUUGAGGGCUCCAGUUUUACAGAAGACUGGGAAUACAGAGCCCAGUUUGAAAGACAAGUAAAUCAGGAGUGCUAUUUCAAGCAAGUGAAAAUCACAUAUGAAAACUUACCCACUUUCGAGCAUCAUACAUCCCUCACUCUACAUCAGAGCAAUGAGACUGGCAAGAAACUGAUUGAAUGUAAUGAAUGUGGGAAAGCCUUUAGCCGUGGCUCACACCUUAUUCAACAUCAGAAAACUCAUACUGGUGAAAAACCCUUUGAAUGUAAAGAAUGUGGGAAGGCUUUUAGUCGUGCCUCACACCUUGUUCAACAUCAGAGAAUUCAUACAGGUGAGAAACCUUAUGACUGUAAGGAAUGUGGGAAGGCCUUUGGUCGUACUUCAGAACUUACUCUACAUCAGAGACUUCAUACUGGUGUCAAACCUUAUGAAUGUAAACAAUGUGGAAAGACCUUUAGACAGCAUUCACAACUGAUUCUGCAUCAAAGAACUCACACGGGUGAGAAACCCUAUGUAUGUAAAGAUUGUGGAAAGGCUUUUAUUCGUGGCUCACAACUUACUGUUCAUCGGAGAAUUCAUACAGGUGCUAGACCCUAUCAGUGUAAAGAAUGUGGGAAAGCCUUUAGGCAGCAUUCACAACUAACUGUACAUCAGAGAAUUCAUACUGGUGAGAAACCAUAUGAAUGUAAGGAAUGUGGAAAGGGCUUUAUUCAUAGCUCAGAAGUUACACGACAUCAACGAAUUCAUUCUGGGGAGAAACCCUAUGAAUGUAAGGAAUGUGGAAAGGCGUUUAGACAGCAUGCACAGCUUACUCGACAUCAGAGAGUUCAUACUGGUGACAGACCCUAUGAAUGUAAGGACUGCGGAAAGGCCUUUAGUCGUAGUUCAUACCUUAUUCAACAUCAAAGAAUUCAUACAGGUGACAAACCCUACGAAUGCAAGGAAUGUGGGAAAGCCUUUAUUCGUGUUUCACAACUGACUCAUCAUCAGCGAAUUCAUACUUGUGAGAAACCCUAUCAAUGUAGGGAAUGUGGAAUGGCCUUUAUUCGUAGUUCACAACUUACUGAACAUCAGAGAAUUCAUCCUGGGAUCAAACCUUAUGAAUGUAGAGAAUGUGGGCAGGCUUUUAUCCUUGGCUCACAGCUCAUUGAACACUACAGAAUCCAUACUGGUUAGACAGCCUUGAGUGUUAGAGAUGUAGGAAAGCCUUUAUGUGGACUUCACACCUGACUCAGAUAAUGCCUGAUGUAGUAUAAUUAAUGUCAGAAAACCUUCAUGUGUCGCUUCCAUUAUGGAACAUCAGACAACUCUUACCAGAAGAAAAUGUAAUAAAUGUGGGAAUUCUUUUUGCCUCACACUCACUGUUUACUAUGCAUCAGAGAACUUAUGGUGAAAAAAUACGAAUAUGAAUGUAAAAAGUGUUCUGUUACUAUUCAAUAUGUAUUAAAAUUCUGAGAAUUCUUAAUAGAAAAUAACCCUGUUAAAAUAUUUUGUGAGUAUGCCUUUUGCCAUGGCAUAUACCUUACUUAACAUUAUUUUCAUUUUCACCAGUUACUGACUAUAUAGCGAUGGGCAAAUUAUGCAACCUCUCUGUUCCUCAGUUUACUUAUUUUUAAGCAGUAAUAAUUAUACCUACCUAAUACAGUUUUUGUGAAGACUGUCAUAUUUUACAUAAAGCUAUACUGAAUAAAUAUUAGUUAUCAUUAGUUAACAGUAUUAAUGUUGAGUUCAUAUGAGAGGAGAGCCUUGUGAAUGUAUCAAGUAUCAGCCUUUAGAACUGCUCAUUAGAUAAUAAUUCAUUCUGAAAAAAACAGUAAUAAAAUAUAAUUAUGAGAAGUACUUCAUUCACAAGGUUAGAAAUUCAGGAUUAGUCCUGGGAACCUAUAGCUACCCAUUCAUAGGAGCGAAGUCAAUAAAGCAUUGUCCCCAUCUUUUAACUGAAAAAAAAUAACAGUAGGCAAAAGAAAUCUGCCACCUAAAACUCUAAAACCACUAAGUUUACCUUCAAGAGAAAUCAAAUCUAAAACUACGAACUAGAAAUGAAUGACAGUGAGUUCUGCGUAUCAAAACCAGUUCGGGGUAGCCAAAGCUAUACUGUCAGAAGCCAAGGAUUGAAGGUAGGAGCUUUGUUCUUCCAAACGUAGAUCUCCAGCACCUAGUCGAUGCAAAUCAUAUACCAAGCACAUUGAAUGAAUGGUCAACUCUAAAAGUUAGGAAAAAUUUGCCGCAUAAACCCAAGUCAACACUAAGAAUGAUUAUUAAAAAUAGAAGAAAAAAUAAAGUAGAAAACAAUAGACUUAAUCUGGAGGUUGUUUAUUUAACAGUGUAAGAUAGAUGAUUGACAAGUCUGAUCUAGAGAAGACACAUUUACCAUUAAUGAAAGGGAUAGAUUUUUUUUAAAGUAGCUCCUACGCGUAACUUUAUUCUAAUAUAUUUGAAAUCUAGAGAGAAUGAAUUUUUACAAAAAUCACAAAAUUGGUUCAAGAAGGUGUAGAAUACCUGAAUAAAUCAGUGAUUUAUAAAUAAAAAGUAAUUAAAGCUCUGUCCCUUCAAAGAAAGUUUUCCUAUAGAAACUUCAAGAAACAGAUAAUCCCUAAGAGAAGCUGACAGUUCAUUUUAAAGGCUAAACAAAAUUUUGAUUAAAAAUCAACAAGGAUAGCUCCCAAAAAAUAAAUUGUAGAUGAUUAUAUUUUGUGAAGAUAAAUAUAAGUAAAAUUCCUGCUAAUUCAAUCUAUUGAAAUUAAGAAGCUAAUUUUAAAUGGAAUGUCUGGAAUUUCACUUGUUCUGGAUUAUGUUUUUAGAAUUUUGAUAUUGUAACUCUAGGAGAUGACAAUGACAGGGAAAAGAGCCUUGAUCCAACCUCAGUGACAUCUGGAUCAAGGCUUAUGAAAGAAUCUGAGAAAUCUCAAGAAAUGGAUCCCCUCAGCCCUUGGAGUCACCAGGCAGUAUCGGAUAGAGAGCCCAUUGUGCCUCACAUGUCACCCAUCUUCUCAGACAUCCUGAAUGUUUUGUAAAAACACCUGCAUUUUCUGCAUGUGCCACUGCCUACAAAGGAUUAGAAAGCAGUGUUUUGUACCUCAUUUUUCUUUAAAUGGUUUAAUGAUUAGGAUGUACAGUUGAAGGAGUUCAAAGCUAUGACAUUAAAAAUUGUCACUUUGAAUAGUUAAAACACAUGCGCAGGAUAAAGAUUUUAAAGUUACAAUUUGGCAUAUAGACAUAAGUCUUCACACUAUCUCUGCCCUGUUUCCACCUCGUUACCUGUUACAUAGCAAUCACUUCUAUUAAUUUCUUGUACAUACUUCCUGAUUUUUAUGUUUGUGUAAGGGUAGAUAUAUACAUAACAUACUCUCUAUAAAAAAUUUUUUACACGGAUGGUAGCAAAUCUCUAUGCAUUGCUAUUUUUGCUUAUCCAUACACCUUGAACAUUGGACCGUAUCAAUACAUAUAUAGCUGUCUUGUUCUUUUUAACAGCUGCAUAGUAUUCCAUCGUGUUUCAUAGUUUUUGGCCUUAUCAAUUUCAUUUUUUUUUUCAUUAUUUUUAGGUCUUUCAAACAAUCCUAUAAUGUCCUUGCACAUAAACUAUUUUAUGUGUGAUAUAUCUUUAAGACAAAUCUCUCAAAGUGGAAAUGCUAUAUCAAAAUGUACAUACUUUUUAAACUUCUGUUAUGACAAAUCUGAACAUAUAUAAAAAUACACAGCAUAUUAUAAUGUACUUCAGUGCCCCAUCACCAGCUUCAAUAAUUAUCAGCUCAUAGCCAGUCUUGUUUUAUCUGUAAUUCCACUAACUCCCCAGACCUACAUAUUAUUUUUGAAGUAAGUCUCACAUAUAUUAUUUGAUCGAUAAAUAUCUUAGUAUCUCUAAAGUACAAAACAACUUUAGAAAAGAUUUUCAGUCUCAAUUAAAAAAAUUGACAAUAUUGCCUUAAUGCCAUUACAUAUCUGAUAGUGUUUUAAUUUCUAAUUCAUAAAUGUCAAUUUAAAAAAAAUUAUUGGGAUCCAAAUAAUGUCCACAAAUUACAGUUGAUUGUUAUGUCUCUUAAGUCUCAAUCUGUGCAUUCCCCCUCAUCCUUUUUUCCUUGCAAUUUAUUUUUUGAAGAAAUGAGGUUGUUUGUCUUGUAGAAUUCCCAGAUCCUGCUUUUUGUUGGCUGCAGCCCGAAGGUAUAGUUUAAUAUCUUUGGUAUUUCCUAUAAAUUGGUAGUAUCUAGAAGAUUAAUCAGAUUGAGAUUCAAUUUUUUUGAUAAGACCACUUAUAGGUAGUUAAUAUUAAGAGACAUAAUAUUUAGGUAUCCCUUUAUGAUUUGGCAGCAGCUGAUGUUCAAUCAAUACAUUUAUUCAUUAGGGACUGCAAAAUGAUAUGGCAUCUUUAUUAGCUAGAGUAUUUUUGUGAAGAAAAAUGUCCCUUCUACUAUUUGGUUACCCAUGUUACAGUAAGGAAAGGCAGGAUAAAUGCUUCUUUCUUUCUUUAUUGUUUUUCAAAAUAAUGAUUUGGUUCCCUAGUAUUUUGCCAUGGUCACCAAUGAGUUAGGGGAUAGGAAUUGUCAAGAUAUUUAAUAUGUUUAAAUCCAUUUAAGUUGUACGUCAUUGAUGUUCAAAUUGUUUCAUGUUUGAUGUGUGGAUGCCUCUAGCAGUUGGCUCCUGUAUCCUUUUGAUAUGACCUCAGUAAUCUUUAAUCACUCACUUGUAUCUGAUGCAACAAGAUGUUCCAGGCUCAUCAUCUUCAUUUCCUGCCUCCCACCUUGAAGUAGCCAUUUCCGGGAGUCUACUUUUUUUCUUUUUUUCUUUUUUUUUGGUAUUUUGAUACUCUUCCCAAAAUUUGGAAACCACAUUGAACUGCUUGGAGUGCUUCAUUCUCCUGGUUGACUACUUCUUAGAAUUAUGUUCAUUUUAAGCUGUUUUAUACACAUUGUUCCAGUGCCUUCAGGAAGAUUAUGGAUCUAUGCAUCUACCCACAGUAGAAGAGAUCCCAAAGGACCACGUUCAUCUAACCCUGGAGAAAACAUUUAUUUUUAACACAAACCAUUUGGUGGAUGAAAAUGGAAAAUUCACUUUUGUUUUAACUUGCAUUCCUUUGAUUAUGAUUAAAGGUGACCAUAUUUUUACAUAUUUGUUUCUUUUUUUACAUAUUUGUUUAUCGUUGGUAUUGUUUUUAGCAUCAUGCCUAAAACAUAGUAGGUGCUCAAUAAAUAUUUGUCAAUUGAA